ACUAUUAUUUCCAAAAAUAAAAAUUCAGCAAACACUAGUUAAAUAUUUUCCCAACUCUAAAUAGAUUGCUUCCAUUACUAAAACUUGUAAGUAGUAGUCGUCGUUUAAAUGCUCUCGUAAAAAAGAACACUACGAACGACAUCACAAAUUCCGCGUUUUGGAAACGUAGCAGAGUAUUGUUCUGCUAUCAAUGGAGUUCGAUCCGGUUCCAAUCGGUUCGUGCUCCAAAGAACACCAGAACAUUUACCAGAACUGGUUCAGUUACGCUGAUUCAGACGGUGAUGGCCGCAUAACGGGGAAUGAUGCCACCAAGUUUUUCUCCAUGUCCAAUUUGUCUCGUCAAGAUCUUAAACAGGUGUGGGCUAUUGCAGAUUCAAAGCGACAAGGAUAUCUUGGUUUCCAAGAGUUUAUCAUUGCUAUGCAGCUAGUUUCUUUGGCACAAUCUGGGCACCCAAUAACACAUGAUCUGCUGAGUAGUGAUGUUGAUUUGAAAGAUCUGAAACCUCCUACAUUGGAGGGUUUGGAUGUAUUAUUAGCUAAGAACAAGCAUAAACAAAAAGAUGUGGAUGUAAAUGGUAGUUCUCAAUUACAGCCAUCACUAUCAAGUAGUUGGUUUUCUUCAAAGUCCACAAAAAAGGUGCCGCUUUCCUCUGUGACAUCAAUAAUUGAUGGCUUGAAGAGACUCUACAUCCAGAAGUUGAAGCCUUUAGAAGUUACUUACCGCUUUAAUGAUUUUGUCUCCCCAUUAUUGACAAAUAGUGAUUUUGAUGCCAAACCAAUGGUUAUGCUUUUGGGUCAAUACUCAACUGGUAAAACAACAUUCAUCAAACAUCUGCUUAAAUGUAGUUAUCCAGGUGCACAUAUUGGUCCUGAGCCUACUACUGAUAGGUUUGUUGUUGUCAUGUCUGGAUCUGAUGCGAGAAGCAUUCCUGGAAAUACUGUUGCUGUCCAAGCUGACAUGCCAUUUAGUGGUCUUACAACUUUUGGCACAGCUUUUUUGUCAAAAUUUGAGUGUUCACAAAUGCCUCAUCCUCUACUGGAGCACAUUACAUUUGUGGACAGUCCUGGAGUUCUAUCUGGAGAAAAGCAACGAACGCAGCGAGCAUAUGAUUUUACGGGUGUAACAUCUUGGUUUGCUGCCAAGUGUGAUUUGAUACUCCUCUUGUUUGAUCCUCACAAACUUGAUAUUAGUGAUGAAUUCAAUCGCGUAAUAUCAUCCUUACGGGGACAUGAUGACAAAAUUCGAGUGGUUUUGAACAAGGCAGAUCAAGUUGAUACUCAGCAACUAAUGAGGGUUUAUGGAGCCUUAAUGUGGUCUCUUGGGAAGGUGCUGAACACACCAGAAGUCAUUCGUGUGUAUAUUGGCUCCUUUAACGACAAGCCUGUAAAUAAUGCUGUCAGUGGUCCAAUUGGAAAGGAACUGUUUGAAAAAGAACAGGAAGACCUUCUUUCAGAUCUGAAAGAUAUACCAAAGGCGGCUUGUGAUCGAAGAAUCAAUGAAUUUGUAAAACGAGCCCGAGCUGCCAAGAUACAUGCUUACAUUAUCAGUCAUCUUAAGAAGGAGAUGCCUGCAAUGAUGGGCAAAGCUAAAGCUCAGCAAAAACUCAUUGAUAACUUGGCGGGUGAAUUUGGAAAGGUACAGAGGGAGUUCCAUUUACCUCCUGGCGACUUUCCAAAUGUUGAGCAUUUCAGAGAGAGCUUGCGUGGUUAUAAUAUUGACAAGUUUGAGAAAUUGAAGCCAAAAAUGAUACAAGUAGUUGAUGACAUGCUUGCUUAUGACAUUCCUAACCUCUUGAAGAAUUUUAAGAAUCCUUAUGAUUAAAUUUAUGAGCACUUGAUCCAGUAAGGGGUUGAUUUGGUUGGAGUGACAUUUGUAGCAUACUAAUAUUACGGAUUAUUCAUGUAAUUAAUGUAAGUUCAUUUUGGAUCUUUAUGUAAUAAUCCCAAGCCCAUUCUUCUGAAGUAGUAGAGAGUUCUAACGAUCGAAUAUGAACUUUUUUCUCUAUCAUCAUCGACAACAAAGUUUCAAAACAAAAAAGUAAAGUGAAAACA